AUGUGCCAGUUAAACCGCAGUGCCGUGCGAAGUGAGACAGAAGCACAGAGCUUUGGGCGGCACACAGCCGGGGCCGUCGGUAGAUGGCGGUAACCCAAGAAACCUGAUCCACAGGGCUGUCGGGGACUCAGUCUCAGUUUGCAGCACUCCCACCGAAGGCAGAGGAGCUGAACAGUUUGAAGGGCAUUAAUAAAAGAAGCAGGAAAAAAAAAGAACUCCCCCCCCCCCCCCUCCCCAAAAAAAUACCCCAAGGAGAGCGCACGGCGGUUCCUCUCGAGUCUUUGCGCGCAGCCCGCCCGAGCCGGACGCGGAACGCUUUUUUUUGCCACGAAAGAAGAAGAAGAAGAAGAAGAAGAAAAAAAACACCCGGGACAACUAAAGACACCAUGGAAGACAAAUCGAAUUCCUUCUCCAGCAACAAGGAGGACAAGGCGGAUGGGAAUAAUGUUUUUCAGAGGCAAGACUCGAUACAGAAGAACAACACGGGGAGCCAGAACACGAAGGAGCACAGCAACUCGGUGGGCUUCAAGGGGGAGCGGGAAGAGGCCAUGGUCGGUUUUGACGAUCUGGACGAGGCGGGCAAUCGACACGGUUUCAUGCAGAGACAAUUUGGGGCCAUGAUGCAGCCCGGUGUCAAUAAGUUCUCCUUGCGGAUGUUCGGCAGUCAGAAAGCCGUGGAGAAAGAGCAAGAGAGGGUCCAAACGGCCGGAUACUGGAUCAUUCAUCCAUACAGCGAUUUUAGGUUCUACUGGGACUUGAUAAUGCUCAUCAUGAUGAUGGGGAAUCUAAUCAUCAUUCCUGUGGGAAUAACCUUCUUCUCAGAGCAGACCACCACCACCUGGCUGGUGUUCAACGUGGCCUCGGACACCAUCUUUCUGGUCGACCUCGUCAUGAACUUCAGAACGGGGAUCGUCAACGAGGAGAGCUCAGAGAUUAUCCUCGACCCCAAGGUCAUCAAGAUGAAUUACCUGAAGAGCUGGUUCGUGGUGGACUUCCUUUCCUCCAUUCCAGUGGAUUAUAUAUUUUUAAUAGUGGAGAAAGGCUUCGACUCGGAGGUAUACAAAACGGCGCGCGCCCUGCGAAUCGUCCGGUUCACCAAGAUCCUCAGUCUCCUGCGUCUGUUGAGACUGUCCCGACUCAUCAGAUACAUCCAUCAGUGGGAGGAGAUUUUCCAUAUGACCUAUGACCUGGCUAGUGCGGUGGUAAGAAUAUUUAAUUUGAUAGGGAUGAUGCUGCUUCUGUGUCACUGGGAUGGCUGCCUCCAGUAUCUGGUGCCUCUCCUCCAAGACUUCCCUCCUGACUGCUGGGUGUCCCUAAACGGUAUGGUUAAUGUUUCCUGGGGUAAGCAGUACUCUUACGCCCUCUUCAAAGCCAUGAGCCACAUGCUGUGCAUCGGGUACGGGGCCCGGGCCCCCGUCAGCAUGUCCGACCUGUGGAUCACCAUGCUGAGUAUGAUCGUGGGCGCCACGUGCUACGCGAUGUUUGUGGGACACGCCACGGCUCUGAUUCAGUCCCUGGACUCCUCGCGCAGGCAGUACCAGGAGAAGUACAAGCAAGUGGAGCAAUACAUGUCCUUCCACAAGCUUCCAGCCGACAUGCGACAGAAGAUCCACGACUACUACGAGCAUCGCUACCAGGGCAAAAUCUUUGACGAGGACAACAUCCUGAGUGAACUCAACGACCCCCUCAAAGAGGAAAUUGUCAACUUCAACUGCCGUAAGCUUGUGGCCACCAUGCCUCUGUUUGCUAACGCCGACCCCAACUUCGUGACGGGGAUGCUGAGCAAGUUAAAGUUUGAGGUCUUUCAACCCAACGACUACAUCAUCCGAGAGGGCACUGUCGGGAAGAAGAUGUACUUCAUUCAGCACGGGGUUGCCAGUGUCAUCACCAAGUUCAACAAGGAGAUGAAGCUGACUGACGGAUCGUACUUUGGAGAGAUCUGUCUGCUCACCAAGGGCAGGCGAACGGCGAGCGUGCGCGCCGACACCUACUGUCGACUCUUCUCCCUCUCCGUGGAUCACUUCAACGAGGUGCUGGAGGAGUACCCCAUGAUGCGGCGCGCCUUCGAGACGGUCGCCAUCGACCGAUUGGAUCGCAUAGGGAAGAAGAACUCCUUGCUGCUGCAGAAGUUCCAGAAGGAUCUGAACGCCGGCGUUUUCAACACGCAGGAGAACGAGAUAUUGAAGCAGAUCAUACGUCAGGACAGGGAGAUGGUGAUGAUGGUGGACCGCAAGCUGUCAGUCACCGGGAUGAACUCAACGCCAAUGUCAGGAAACUCCAUCAUUAACUCGCCAGCCCAGCCUCCCUUCCCCACCGCCUUCGGCACCAGUCAGCUCCAGCAGUCCUCUGUUCCCCUGACCUACAGUGCUUCAGCUAUCGCCAACGCCUCCGCUGCCCGCAUGCUGCCAGCCGCCGCCGCCGCCGCGGCGCAGGGCGUCUACCCGGCUCCAAGCCUCUCCCACGGCAGCCUGAAUUCGUCCUCGCUCAUCGCUCAGACCCCUCUGCAGCAGCAGCAGGGAGCCAUCAUGUCGCCCUGCUCCUUCACGGCCGCCAUGUGCAGUCCGCCCGUGCAGACGCCUCUGGCCGACCGCAGCUUCCAGUACAGCUCGCGCACGGCCUCCCAGCUGUCGCUGCUGCAGCAGCCCCUCGCUCAGCCGUCCCUCCCCACCCAGCAGCAGCAGCAGCAGCAGCAGCAGCCGCCCGCCGCGUCGGCCGUGGCCGCGGUCACCGGAGCGCAGCAGCCGUCGCCCCAGCAACAGCGGGUGCCCUCACCUCAGCGGGGGGAGGUCCACAAGAGCACACAGGCGCUGCAGUCGGGAAGCCUGAGCCGAGAUGUCAGACAUUUGUCGGCCUCGCAGCCGUCACUGCCACACGACACGUCUCUGGGGCCGCGGGCGCACCCGGCCUCGGGAGACUCCCUGGCCUCCAUCGCGCAGCAGCCGGCGGGGGCCGCCGCGGCGGUCCAGGGGAUGAAUCCGCAGAGCGGCAUCCGCACCACGGUGCCGCAGCGGGUCAAUUUAUUCCGCCAGAUGUCGUCAGGAGCUUUGCCCCCGGUGCGCUCGGCCGCGGCAGCGGCGGCGGCAGCGGCGGCGGCGACAGCAUCAUCAUCAUCGUCCUCAACCCAGCACAGGGAAUCCCCUGGAUCCAGGAGAGAUUCUGUCCUGAGCAGUACAGACACUGAGCAAGACAAAAUGCGUUUUGCAUCAAAUUUAUGAUCCCAUUUUUCCCUUUUCAUUUUUUAAAAUUUUGAUUCAUUUUUAAAAAUGGAGAUACAACAAAAGAGAUCAAGAUUUGGAACUUCAGCAUUUUUGUUUCUCUCCAGUUUUCUUCUAAGAUAACCUCAUAGAAACCCUUGUACAUACAAUCCCUUGUAUUAUAUUUUAGACAAAUUGUCUCCCUUAACUUAAGAAUGUAUAUUAUACAGAUACAUCUCUCUUUUAUUUUACGUCAUAUAUAUAUAUACAUAUACAUGUAUGUGUAUAUAUAUAUGUGUGUGUAUAUAUACAUAUAUAUAUAUAUACCGCUGUGUGUAUGGAUGUGUGAGAGUGUGUGUGUGUGCGAGUACGUGACUGUGUAAAAUCCAACUAGAAUAUUUGGCAAUGGCAAUUUAAAAGCUGUAGUAUAAACAUGAGUCUUCCUUUCUGAGAAAUAUAAAGAAUUAUAUACAAUGUAUGAUGUUUAUUUAUUUUUUUUAUUUCAUUUUUGCUUUCAUUUUUUUAAACUCGAAUGCAUUGUGAA